CACGAAACCAACCCUCUCUGAGAGCUCUCUCUCUCUCUCUCUCUCUCUCUCUCUCUGUGUGAAGGCUCUUCAGGCUCUCUCGUCACGGUUUGCCAACAAGCACACAAGAACCUCAGUUCACCAAACUCUCCCUCGCCCCCCCUCUCUUUCUCACUGUCUCUAUCUAAUCUUUCAAUUCCGAUUGCAUUUCCCAAUCGCAAAGGUAAGAUUCCCACUCCCACGAUUCCACCAACGCGUUUCGAGCAGACUUGCUGAAACCGAGUUGAUCACUCUCUCUCUCUCUCUCGCUUUCCACCGUAUUCAAUCUACUUUUGUUACAAUCCGUGGCGCGUUUGUUAAGAUCGUAGUCGGAGCUUUGGAUUCUAAUGCGUUUGGUUUUUGGUUUACCUGCUUUUUUCCUAAUCGGUUUCGGUGCUGUCUUAUUUGGUACUAAAGAAGGGGAUAUGCUGCAGCAAAUGGCGAAUACUGAAUGUUUUAGGAGGGUUUCAAGAUAAAUUAAAGGAAAUGGGAGGUUGUUGCUGUUGUUCCUUCAAAGGAACUGAAUUGAACACUGCAUCAGCAUAUUAUUAUUACCCAAGAGCAUCAGAAGAGCAUUUGCCUCUAUCAUCUGGUCAUGGAGGUGCCUCUGCACUCUCUGCAGGGCUCCUGGUUGAUACAAAUUUGGAUACAUCGAUCCCUGACACUUAUAGACCACCUCCGGCACCUAUGCCAUAUGAUGUAAUUUUAGGGCGUCCUCAAACUCCACCUAUGGCUCAAGAAAUUUGCAACAGCAAGAUGGAUGCAUCAGUGCAAACAACAAAUUCUGAAUCUUUUCAACAAACAGUUGAUGGUAACACUCUAGAAAAUUCAGCUAAGUCGGAAGAUCCAAAAGAAUCAGAAUGCAAAGUGAAAAUCGAUUUUGACCUUGAUUCAGCAAAAGGGUCAGAAGUUGAACUUUCAAAGCCAGUGGAACCUGUUAUUUUUGCUUCAGAGGAAGAGGAUUGUCCCAUUUGCUUAGAAGAGUAUGAUGCUGAGAAUCCAAAAAUUACCACAAAGUGUGAGCAUCAUUUUCACCUUGCAUGCAUUCUUGAGUGGAUGGAAAGAAGUGAUGCAUGUCCUGUGUGUGAUAAGGAGAUGAUUUUCAAUCCUCCUAUAGUUUAGCAGCAAUCAGGCAAUCAAGAAGUCAAGUCCCAACUUCUUUGCUGUUCAAAACAUGGUCUAAGAGGAGGUUACAAAUCUGCUAGAGUUUUCAGCUCUCUCUCUCUCUCCUUUUAAGUGGCAGCUGCAGAUUUAGCUGUGAUUUGGUUAAUUUGGUAUUGAGGAGUCAUGCCCAUUUCAAAAGGAUAGCGUCUUUGUGCAUAUACAUUUACUUUUAAACUUAGGAAGAAAUGGAAAGAAAAACAGAAAGUAAAUAUAGAAUUUGCACGAUUCAAUCCCGGAGGUCCA